CUCAUCUUCUUGUCCUCCCCGUCGAUCUUCCCUGCCUCACUUUUCCACCAUCAUGGGCUGAGUCUCGUACUACUCCCUGUCCUCUCUCAUCGUUUGAACAGGGACAACCCAAUAACUCGCUACAAUGGAGCGUAUCCGCGGGCUGAUCGCUCGCCGGCCUACGUAUGAAGCAAUCGAGCAGCCGGUUGACGCUGACAAUGAGAGCAUUCACUCUGCUCGUGAGGGGCUGGAGCAUCCCCGUUUCUCCAAAUACGAAUAUGCAGUAUUCUUCCUCCUGGGUGUGUCGAUGCUAUGGGCAUGGAACAUGUUCCUCGCUGCUGCACCAUACUUCUACCACCGUUUCCACACAGACGACUGGGCAGCAACCCAUUAUCAACCUUCAAUAUUGACUGUAUCCACCGUUACUAACUUAGGUUCCUCGUUCAUCCUGGCCAAGCUGCAGAAGGGAGCAUCAUAUCCGAAGCGGGUCACUAUCUCUCUGCUUAUCAACAUCGUGGUAUUCACGCUCUUGGCCUUCUCCACCAUCUUGAUGAAAGAUGUCUCAGUGAGCACAUACUUCGGCUUUCUCAUGAUCAUGGUAUUCGGGGCCAGUCUUGCGACCGGAAUAAAUCAAAAUGGCGUUUACGCUUACGUCUCCGGCUUCGGAAGAGAGGAGUAUACCCAAGCCAUCAUGGGCGGCCAAGGCGUAGCGGGUGUCCUACCCUGCAUUGUCCAGAUCCUCACCGUGAUCUCCGUACCAAGCAAGAAAGAAGGACAGAAAGCACCACAAGAGUCAUCCAAAUCCGCUUUUGCCUACUUUAUCACGGCCACAGCCGUGUCGUCCUUCGCUCUGCUGGCCUUCCUAUCCCUCGUAAAGCAACGCGCAUCAUCAACCCUCUUAGACCCAACAGACGAUCACAGCGACUCAGAUGUGCCCGAGAACAAGUCCGUCAGCCUCUGGACGCUCUUCAAGAAGCUCCGCUUCAUGGCCACAGCCAUCUUCCUUUGCUUCACCGUCACCAUGACCUUCCCCGUCUUCACAGCAGAGAUUGAAUCCGUCCACGACACUCCCGGACGAUCACGACUCUUCGACCAGGCUGUCUUCAUCCCUCUUGCGUUCUUCUUCUGGAACGCAGGUGAUCUGCUGGGCCGAAUGCUCGUCCUAUUUCCCCGUCUGUCCUUAGUGAACCGUCCCUUUGUGCUGUUCCUCUUCUCGAUUGCUCGAGCCGCAUUCAUCCCGCUGUACCUCCUCUGCAACAUUCGCGGCCGAGGGGCAGUGGUGGAAAGUGACUUUUUCUACCUGUUCGUUGUGCAGUUGCUGUUCGGCAUAAGUAACGGGUACCUGGGGAGUAAUUGCAUGAUGGGUGCUGGACAGUGGGUGUCUCCUGACGAACGUGAACCUGCAGGUGGGUUCAUGGCAUUGAUGCUCGUAGGCGGGUUGACUGCGGGAAGCUUGAUGAGCUUUCUGGUUGCUGAGGCUUGAUUUCGGGUAUAUAUUGGUGAGAUUUCAUUGGUGUCUGGUGUUGUUAUAGAUCGGGCGUCAUAAGUACUUUACUGUUGUCGUGGGUAGGUGUCUUGCUAGGGUAUUUCUCACAGAGCUGCUUAUCAGCAGGAUCUCGAUCUACAUAUUGUGCCUAAUCAAUCAUAGGUAUAUAGCCACGAGGCUGAAACUAUCAUAGA